ACCGAAUUCUGCCUGUUUCUUCCAGUUCCAGGCGCCGACGCCUCAGCUCCGUGUGUGGUGACUGGUGACUGGUGUGCCGAUGCCGCUUGGCCACGUCUCGCCAUUGCUGGCCAGUGGCCACGGAACAACCCACAUCGCUGCGCCUGCGCCUGGCGGCACGCACCGUUUCGCAUUUACCAGCGUAGGCGCGCCACCCACCAAAGGAUCAGAGCUCCGUGUCGCCCAACGCAAAAACCUGACCGAUGGCGGCCCGGUGCUACGCAGCUGCCUCCGUGGUCAGAGCAGGAGCGCACGACCUCUCCCUCUCCCCCUCCUCCUUUUCCGUCACAGCCGCGGCGCGUCCGAGGCCGGUAGGAGGAGUGUGGGCCUGCGGUGGAGCCGGAGGAGGGUACAGCUGGCUCCGCGCCGUCCGCGCCAUGGGCUCCGCGCCGUCGUCGUCGUCGUCGCAAUCCCCGUCGCCGCAAACGCCUUCAGGACAAACCCAAGGGAAAGCAGAUUAUACAUCACUGAGUGAAGAGGAGUGGAAGAAGCGCCUGACUAAAGAGCAGUAUUAUGUUACUCGGCAGAAGGGUACUGAGAGAGCAUUCACUGGGGAAUACUGGAAUACUAAAACCCCAGGCAUUUAUCACUGUGUCUGCUGCGACACCCCUCUGUUUGAGUCAUCAACCAAAUUUGAUAGUGGUACUGGAUGGCCAUCCUACUAUAAACCAAUUGGCGAAAAUGUCAAGAGCAAGCUUGAUAUGUCAAUCAUUUUCAUGCCCCGGACCGAGGUGCUCUGCGCCGCCUGUGAUGCUCAUCUGGGGCAUGUCUUUGAUGACGGGCCACCACCAACAGGGCAGAGAUACUGUAUCAACAGUGCAUCUCUGAAAUUGAAGCCUCAGUCGCUGGAUCCUUUAGGAAGAAGUUAAGUAUAACACUGGCCCGCCCAAUGUAAACUGUGGGUUUGUAUAUAAACUAUUCGAGUUGUACCAUAUUUAUUAUUCCUCUAUUAUGCAUAUCAGGUGCACAAACUGAUGAACCUCUAGGGUGUGUGUGUUUUCUUACGCCUCUCAUCUAGCUACAGCUACAGUUAUAGCAUACGUGCAUGGCACUUGGGACCUACAACCAGAGUAGAAGACUGUGUCCUUUCAGAGACCACCGGCUGAAACCAUUGGAGCUUACAUGUAUGUGAUGGGAACAUCACAGUUUCUCUGUGGCACCAUGCGAGUGAGGUUGUAGAGGGGAGAGAUCUGAUUUCAGGAAUCUAACCCUGACUGGUUGUGUGGCCACUGGCCAGCGCUCGGUCCUGAAUUUAGGGUGAAAUUGGUUGCAUUGCCCGCAUCUUCUCCGUCCUAAAAUACGUUUGAAUCUCGGUCUCGAAUCUAGGGUGGAAUUGGUUGCACUGCCCGCAUCUUCUUCAUCCUAAAAUACAUUUGGAUGGUUGUUUUUAUAUUGUUCCAACUCGAUGAAACACGUUUGGAUGGUGGUUGUUUUCA